AUGAGGGACCGGCGAUACGAAUAUACGAGGGCACGAUCUCGGUCACCGCCUCCGUCUCCUCCGCCGAGCCGGGGAAGCGACCGCGAUUUCGGAGAGAACUGGCGUUUCCCCACAACUUCCUGCCAUGCUCCGCCGUGGCCCGAGCGGGACCCGCCGCCCAGACCGCAUUCUGGGUUCGCGCCCCGGCGAGAGAUCGAUUACGAUAGCCUUAGGACUAGGAACAGGUCUAGGUCUAGGUCUAGGAAUAGGUCUAGGUCUAGGUCUACGUCCAGGUCUCCGAGAAGAUGGGCGGCGAAUCGGGAACCGCAGAGAAUCGACGGUCACUAUGGGCGUUUCUCCGGCUGGAACCCGUCUGCGGAUUCCGGCAUUGGCUCAAGCCGGCGGCGCGAAUACGAAAGAUUGUAUCCUGAGGAUAGGUUUGGUCGGGAGGAAAAGCAAUCUGCGCCGCUUAUCGAGGCGAUUCCGAGAAGGGAACCUGAUUUCUCGAAGUUUCAACGAGACAACUUAUUUGGCGUUGGAGAUGGCAAUGGUAACCCUAGCAGACCCACCAUUGCAAGACCAGGUCCGGCGGUAAAUCGAGAGAUUCCCACGAAUCACUUCAACAGGCUCUCUGAUUCUGUCUCUGUGGCUCCAACCCCUGGAGAGACACAUGGAAGAGGCAGGCCAAUAACUCAUUAUGAUUACAGUGGCUUGCCAUCCGCCAGGAAUGUGAAGAACUAUGGCCAGCUCAGGGAUAGCGGUGGCUAUGCAUCUCCUUUGGGGGGCAGCGGUAGCUAUGCAGAUUCAGUUCUGAAUAAGAGUCAAGGAAAUGGGAGGGAGGCUUUAAGCAAUCCAGCUUAUUUUCGGCAAAGGCGCAUAGUUGGAGCAGAUGAUGAGGUUGAAUAUGAUUUGGAUUAUAGGAGCACUCAUUUAAAGUAUGUGAGAGAAGGGCACAUCAAUGGCGGAGAUUUCGAGUCUUACCAGGGAAUUGGAAAUCAUGGUUUAGAACGAAAUGUAGGUUCCAUUCCUCCAGGAGAAGAUUUGCAUCGAGUACGGUCACCUUAUGAAGGUGUUUAUAGGAGCAGAGGUGUUCACCAACCUGUCUAUCCGCAGGAGGAGUUAGGUGUUCAUGAUCAACUGGAAUCUUUGCAGGGGAGGAGAAGUGUGGAGUUAGAAGCUACUCAACAGGAUUCGGGAAGUUUAUUUUCGCAUAAUCGGAAUCCAUUGGACGAGGAUGAUGACCUGAGCAUCAGAGACCAAGUUUGGGACUACAACGACAUUGAUGAUUCCUUACCUUUGAAAGAUUUAGAACUAAAUUACGGGAGAGGGAGUUAUGGUAACCAAAGCCUUCAAAAAUCCUUACUGUCGGAUCAUUUAGAAUUUAGGCAUGGGGGUAGGGGGAGUAAUGGUAACAAUGGCUUUCAAGAACCAUUAGAAUCUCGACAUUUCCUACCACCAAGACAAAGGCAUUCAGGAAAGCCUGUCAAAGCUUCUAAAGGAAACAUUGAGAAGCGUCUAGGACCUGCUCAUAGUGUGAAGCAGCGAUUGGGACCAAGGUUGGUGCCUCAUGCUAUGGUUAAUCAACACACAUCUUUGCGUGCUACAAAUGUUAAGGAGCGUUUGGGGCCUGCCCUAAAACUGGGAAAGAAAUCGGGAGAAGAUCGAAGUGCUGUUAAGCCGCUUCCCUGGAUGAAGAUUCGUGAAAAGGGACGUCAGGGGCCUACUGAAGAAACAUUGAGCAAUCGGUCCUUAGAAAUGAAAGAGAAAGUGAUGAAGACUAAACCUCAGGAGAACUCCGAGGAGUUCAUCCAGCUCAUAAAUACUGCUUUCUUGAAGUUCUUAAAAUCUCUGAAUGAAAGUUCAGCCAAAAGGAGAAAGUACACAGAGCAACAUGGAGAUGGUAUGUUGAGAUGCAGUGUAUGUGGCAGCGACUCCAAAGAUUUUGUGGACACGUUAAGCUUGGCACAGCAUGCGUCUACGUCAUCUAAAGUAGGUUCCAGAUCGGAGCAUUUAGGUUUCCAUAAAGCCCUUUGCUUGAUGAUGGGUUGGAAGUGGAACGUUGAUGAAGUCCUAAAAAAUGGUCCUUGGGUAAGGCAAAAAUUGCCCAAUGCCGAAGCUUUAUCACUGAAGGAGGACCUAAUUCUCUGGCCUCCUGUUGUCGUCAUUCAUAAUGGUUCCAUAUCAAAUGAAAAUCCCAACAGACGUAUCAUUGUAAGUAUUGAAGAGCUCCGAUCUGUUCUCAGAGGUAAAGGAUUCAGUCACUCGAUUGUCAACAUCUGUAGGGGGAAAGCUGCAAACCAGAGUAUUAUGGUGGUAAGUUUCGCCGGCACAUUUUCUGGGCUGCAAGAAGCUGAGAAGCUUCACAGGCUCUAUGCUGAGAAUGGACACGGGAGAUCCGGGUUGCAAGGAAAGAGUACAAGCACCGACAGCAGGGAAGGUGACAGCAAGGAAGACGAGGACACGGUAUUAGGCGAUCAAGUGGGUUCAGUGGAAGCAGCUCUGUACGGGUAUUUAGGGAUAGCAUGCGACUUGGAUAAACUAGACUUUGAUAUGAAGAAGCGAUGUUUGGUGAAGAGCAAAAAGGAGAUUAACGCAAUCGCAGAUGCCCCUGAUGGGGGUUAA